AUGCCUCCGGACAGAGGGACUCCGGGAACCCUCUUCCUGCUCGUGCCCCUUUUCCUCCUGCUCUUUGUCUCGCCUGGUUUCCAGGAGGAGGAGCCCCCAGGGAACCGAAGCGUCACACGGCAGGAUGUCACCCUGGAGACAACUGGGGACCCCCUGGAGACAACAGGAGACCCCCUGGACACCACAGGCCCCACCACAACUCCCAGGGAUGUGCCCACCCCGAGGACGUGGCCGACGGACCCCCCGAGCCCUCCCUGGACCCCCGUCCCCAGCCGAGCCACCAGCAACCAAACCCAGAGCUCGUCGGGUGUUCCCGUCAGAUAUUGGUCCCCCGUCAUCUUCGUGGUGGUUGCUCUGCUCGUGCUCUUCUUCACCUACCACAGGAAAAAGGGGGAAGGGAGCCGGGACCAAGCCGUGGCUGGCAGUGACUCCUCAGAUUUGGGGGUCCUGGACCACCCCCCUGCCCAUGACACCACCCCGAUAAUCACGGCCCCCCAGGGGGAGAGGAAGGGACCAGAGACCCCUCCGGCCGCAGACGACACAGAAACCGCCUUCUGCGAGCCAGACCCCCCCCAGCCGCAGCCGGAUUCCCCCCCAGCUGCCGGCGGCUCCGGGGACCCUGAUACCGACUGAGGGUCCCGGGGGGGUCCCGUGGCUUCCAACCCCCCACCCGAGGAA